AUGUCGUUCUCUGGACACAGGUCCUGGGCCCAGCACCCCCUCUGCUUCUGCAUUCUGGUCCUGGCCUGUGUUGUGGCAUGCCAGCAAGAAGCGACCGGGGCAUCCCCGAGCCCCCCACCAGAGACCUCGAGUAGUUCCUGGAGCCUGGUUCCCGGCAAGGUGAAGGAGUGGAUGGAGCCGCUGGUGACCAGACCCAGAGAGAGGUGGCCGUGGUUCUGGGGCCUCGAGGCCUUCCAGGGCUUUGUGCAGACUUACUUUGAAGACCACCUGAAAGACUUGGUUUCCCGCACCCAGGCCUGGCUCCACAGCUCCAAGGACAGCCUCCUGAGCAAGGCUCAUAACCUGUGUCCCCAGCUGCUCUGCGAGAAAGGCGACCAAGAUUAAAGUGUUCACAGCCUCAGCAAUAAAGAAAUUCUCUGUGUCCCUGUCCCAGACC